GGGGGCCGCUGACCGGGAGGCGGAAGGCGGCGGGGCCGGGCCAUGGGGGACGGAGCCGUUCGCAGCCGCCGGAGCCCGGAAUCCAGCCGGAGCCGGAGCGGCGCCCCCUGCUGAGCCCCGAGCGCCGGAGGGAAGGGAUCCCAUAAACAUCUUGUUCAAAUUUGGGCCACCUGGAUGCUGAGGGCCACUUCCCAGCCUGGUCCCAGAUGGCCUGGCUUGCUUGCCACUGGAACCUGUCCAACCAAACCACUGCCCACCAUGUUCCCCAGAGGACUAAAUGAAGUCUUGAGUACAAAGCGCUCUUGCAUGGCCAGCAGCCGGAUGCCCGGGCCCAUUGGGCGGGCCGGUGGCCGCCUGCGGGAUGAGCAGACUCCUCGGGGGGACGCUGGAGCGCGUCUGCAAGGCCGUGCUCCUACUCUGCCUGCUGCACUUUCUCGUGGCUGUCAUCCUCUACUUUGACGUCUACGCCCAGCACUUGGCCUUCUUCAGCCGCUUCAGUGCGCGAGGCCCCGCCCGUGCCCUCCACCCAGCCGCCAGCAGCAGUACCAACUGCUCUCGGCCCAACGCCACCGCCCCCAGCUCCGGGCUCCCCGAGGCUCCCAGCGCCCGGCCGGGCCCCACGGCUCCUGUCCUGCCACCCUGUCCUGACUCGCCGCCUGGUCUUGUGGGCCGACUGCUGAUUGAGUUCACCUCACCCAUGCCCCUGGAGCGGGUGCAGAGGGAAAACCCAGGCGUGCUCCUGGGCGGCCGCUACACACCGCCCGACUGCACGCCAGCCCACACGGUGGCGGUCAUCAUCCCCUUCCGACACCGGGAGCACCACCUACGCUACUGGCUCCACUAUCUGCACCCCAUCCUCAGGCGACAGCGGCUGCGCUAUGGCAUCUAUGUCAUCAACCAGCACGGUGAGGACACCUUCAACCGGGCCAAGCUGCUCAACGUGGGUUUCCUAGAGGCACUGAAGGAGGACGCCACCUACAACUGCUUCAUCUUCAGUGACGUGGACCUGGUGCCCAUGGAUGACCGCAACCUGUACCGCUGUGGCGACCAGCCUCGCCACUUCGCCAUUGCCAUGGACAAGUUUGGCUUUCGGCUGCCCUAUGCUGGCUACUUUGGAGGUGUGUCGGGCCUGAAUAAAUCCCAGUUCCUGAGAAUCAACGGCUUCCCCAACGAGUACUGGGGUUGGGGUGGUGAGGAUGACGACAUCUUCAACCGGAUCUCCCUGGCUGGGAUGAAGAUCUCGCGCCCAGACGUCCGCAUAGGCCGCUACCGCAUGAUCAAGCACGACCGGGACAAGCAUAAUGAGCCCAACCCUCAAAGGUUUACCAAGAUUCAAAACACGAAGCUGACCAUGAAGCGGGAUGGCAUCGGGUCAGUGCGGUACCAGGUCUUGGAGGUGUCUCGGCAACCGCUCUUCACUAAUAUCACAGUGGACAUUGGGCGGCCCCCAUCAUGGCCCCCUCGGGGCUGACACCAAUGGACAAAGGCUACCAGUGCCAAGGAUUGCCUGCCAGAGGACUGACCUACAGCCUGGCUGGUGGCUGCUCUGUGACAGAUCCCCCAGGACAGAGACUGUGGGCUCUGUUUUCUGAGGGUCUUCAGUAGGCCCCCCAGCUGCACCUGGAAGUUUCAGAACCUACUUCGGGGAGCUUCUGUCCUGGGCAGACCCCUCAAGUGUAGCCCUCUCUGGGGUCAACCCUUCUUCCUGCUCCUCCCUCCCCAGUUCAGCCCCCCUCACUGUCAGGGUUGGGCCAGCCCCUGCACUGCCUCGCCAAGUGGCCUGGGCCAGGUCACUCCACCUCUCUGUGCCUCAGUUUCCCCCCCUUGAGUCCCCUAGGGCCUGGAAGAGUGGGAGGUAUGACUAGGGGGCAAUGUCGCUUCCAGGGGGAAUUCUCAGACCUGGGGAUCCCCCAUGCUCCCAGGGGAGGGGAAACCUUUUUCACUCAACAUUGUAGGGGGCAAACUCUGGUGCACCCCCUGCUGAGGAGCAGCGCCAGGAGGGGACCAGAGGGCGUGCUGUGUCUGGGAUCUUGGGGUUGGGCUUUGCAUGGGGCGGAUGGGGCUCGGAUCCGUUGGGUUCCUGCCCCGCCCCCCUCAGAGAGAAGGCAGUAGCCCCAUGGCCGGCUCGUGUUUGUACAUUGCACAGAAACUUGUGUGGGUGCUUUAGUAAAAAACGUGAAUGGA